CCAUCCGAGCCCUUCGUCCCCGAACAUCGGCCCCACAAGACCUCAGUCCGGCGCCACCUCACCCCUCUCCUCCUGUCGCCUGAGUGCAGAGUCCCCUCCUGAAUCCGGAUCGCAUCGCGCGCUCCACCGUGCCGCCUCGAUCGCCUCCUCCUCCGACGCGGGCGCGGCUGGCCGGCACCAGGAGGCGACCUGCCCUCCAGUUUCUCGCUGCGCGGCAGUGUUCGCGAGUGAUCCGCCGGUUGGGUACCAUUUCACUUGCGGAGGCCGCCUGACACUGUUAGCACAUAAGACUGCUGUAUACAAAAUGUCUGAAUUCCUUGAGCUUGAGGCUCUGGAUGGGAUAAGGAUGCCAUGGAAUGUUAUUCCAGGCACAAGGGAGGAUGCUGUGAGCUGUGUCGUCCCUGUUUCUGCCAUCUAUACUCCUCUCAAGUCAAUUCCUGAUAUGCCAGUAGUGCCAUAUGCUCCCCUUCGCUGCCGCAUGUGUCGUUCCAUCCUCAAUCCCUUCUCCAGAGUCGACUAUAAUGCUAAGAUCUGGCUCUGUACAUUCUGCUUUCAGCGCAAUCAGUUCCCUCAACACUAUUCCUCGAUCUCAGAAAACAAUCUCCCUCCAGAACUCUUUCCUCAGUAUACCACAAUUGAGUACAUAUCCACUGCAGAAACAGGUCCUGUAAUGCCUCCUGUUUUCAUCUUUGUUGUGGAUACUUGCAUUAUCGAGGAAGAAAUUGGUUAUUUGAAGUCUGCUCUGGCACAGGCUACUGAGCUAUUGCCAGAUAAUUCCCUUAUUGGAUUCAUUACUUUUGGGACAUAUGUACAGGUGCAUGAAUUGGGUUUUGGUUUGUUGCCGAAGUCAUAUGUGUUCAAGGGAACAAAGGAGGUCAGCAAGGAACAAAUAUUGGAGCAAAUGUGCUUCUUUGCAGGCAAACAAAAGCCCACCACAGGGGUUAUAGCUGGAACUAGGGAUGGUCUUUCAUCAGAGAGCAUCUCUAGGUUCCUUGUGCCUGCUUCAGAGUGCGAGUUUGUACUGAACUCAGUUAUUGAAGAGCUGCAAAAGGACCCUUGGCAUAUUCCAGCUGAUCAACGUGCAUCAAGAUGCACUGGAGCUGCAUUAAGUGUGGCGGCCAGUCUCUUGGGGGUUUGUGUCCCUGGAUCAGGUGCUAGGAUCAUGGCAUUUGUUGGGGGUCCAUCUACAGAGGGACCUGGUUCUAUUGUAUCCAAAUCCUUAACAGAGCCAAUUCGCUCACACAAAGACCUCGAUAAAGACUCGGCUCCACUUUUUGAUAAAGCUGUUAAGUUCUAUGAUCAGAUUGCCAAGCAGCUUGUGCACCAAGGACAUGUGCUGGAUUUGUUUGCUUGUGCUGUCGAUCAGGUUGGUGUUGCUGAAAUGAAGGUUGCAAUUGAGAAGACUGGGGGAAUUGUUGUGCUUGCUGAAAGUUUUGGUCACUCUGUUUUCAAAGACUCACUUCUUCGCAUCUUUCAGUCAGCAGACAACGGCCUUGGAUUAUCAUUCAAUGGUAUUCUCGAGAUUAACUGCUCAAAAGAUGUAAAGAUUCAAGGCAUUAUUGGGCCUUGUUCUUCCCUGGAGAAGAAAAGUCCUCUGUCUGCAGACACUGUUAUUGGUCAGGGAAACACCAGCGCCUGGAAGAUGUGUGGUCUUGACAAGAAAACAUCGCUUUGCUUUGUAUAUGACAUCUCAAGAAAAGUUGGCCCAGAUACAGUCGCUCAGCAGACAGGCGAACAGCUCUACCUUCAAUUUGUAACCUAUUAUCAGCAUCAUGAGGGCCAGAUGAGAUUGCGAACUACUACGAUCUCCAGACAAUGGGCUUCUGGUGCUGCUACUGUGCAGGAGCUGAUAGAUGGCUUUGAUCAAGAAGCCGCAGCCGCAGUUGUGGCACGCUUGGUCUCAUUUAAGAUGGAAACUGAGGCUGAUUUUGAUCCAAUAAGAUGGCUUGACCGUGCUUUGAUACGUUUAUGUACCAAAUUUGGAGAUUAUCAGAAGGAAACACCCUCAUCUUUCAGUUUGUCUCCACGUCUAUCAAUAUUCCCCCAGUUUAUGUUUAACUUGAGGCGUUCUCAGUUUGUCCAGGUUUUCAAUAAUAGCCCCGAUGAAACCGCAUAUUUUAGGAUGAUGUUGGAGAGGGAAAAUGUGGGCAAUGCAGUUGCAAUGAUUCAACCUUCACUUAUAUCCUACUCCUUUCAAUCAGGGCCAAUGCCUGUUCUCUUGGAUGCAACUGCAAUUGCUCCUGACAAGAUCCUUUUGUUGGAUUCUUAUUUUUCUGUCGUCAUCUUCCAUGGGAUAACCAUUGCACAAUGGCGAAAGGCUGGUUACCAAGAUCAAGAAGGCCACGAGGCGUUUGCCCAGUUGUUAAAAGCUCCACAUGACGAAUCUGAUGCCAUAAUCAAAGAGCGGUUUCCUGUGCCCCGUUUGGUUGUUUGUGAUCAAUAUGGAUCUCAGGCUCGGUUUUUACUGGCAAAGCUAAAUCCAUCCGUGACAUAUAACUCUGAUAACCCUGCUCCCGGAGGAGACGUGAUAUUCACAGAUGACGUGAGCUUCGAGGUGUUCAUGGACCAUCUCCAGCGGUUAGCGGUCCAAUAGGGGAUAUAUGACUGUGCAGAGAGCAAUUUUGUGUAGCACCAACGCAAUCAUCUCCUGUGGUGUACAGUAAAGAGGCAUUGUUCGGUCGUGUUUGUCAUGUCUUGUUACUUUGUAUUGUGUUAGAUGGGUUUAUGCGCUUCGGUUAUCAAAAAGUGUAAAAAGGCGCCAAGUAAACUGUCAUUUCUGUUGACCAAGUAAACUGGUCUGUUUCAUGCUACCUUGUCAACCAUGAUGUGCCAUGUCAGUUUGGUAUGUGUCGUAAA